AUGCCUUUCGCCAAGCGGAUCGUGGAGCCGCAGUGGCUGUGCCGGCAGCGACGCCCGGCGCCUGACCCGGCGGAGGACUCGAUCGGAGGCAGCGCAGAACCGCCGCCGCCGCCGCCCCUGCAGCUGCCCGGCCGACGGGACGAGGCCGUGGCGCCGGGGCCAGAGGAUCCUCCCCGCGCACCCCCCGCGCCUCCCGGGCCGCCGCUGCCCGCGCCAACCGACCAGGCGCCGCCACCGCACGGAGAGGCGCCCGCGGCGGGUGAGGAGAGCGUGGCAGGGGUCCUAGAGGCGGCGUCCGUGGCUGGCGAGGCGUCCUCAGCGGCAGCCACCGCGGUGUUGCUCAUGCUGGACCUGUGCGCGGUCAGCAACGCGGCGCUGGCCCGCGUCCUCCGGCAGCUCUCGGACGUAGCCCGGCACGCGUGCAGUCUCUUCCAGGAGCUCGAGAGCGACAUCCAGCUCACCCACCGUCGCGUCUGGGCGCUGCAGGGCAAGCUCGGCGGCGUGCAGCGCGUGCUCGGCACGCUGGACCCCAAGCAGGAGGCAGUGCCUGUCUCCAACCUGGACGUCGAGAGCAAGCUGAGUGUGUACUAUCGUGCACCGUGGCACCAGCAGAGAAACAUCUUCCUCCCGGCCACCAGGCCGCCCUGUGUGGAGGAGCUGCACCGCCAGGCCCGGCAGAGCCUGCAAGCCCUGCGCAGAGAGCACCGGAGCCGGAGCGAUCGUCGGGAGCAGAGAGCUGCUGCGCCCAUCCCGGCAGCAGCCCCUCCACUGCCCGCUUACCCCCCGGCUCACAGCCAGAGGAGGCGCGAAGCCAAGGACCGGCACUUCUUAACGUUUAACAGCACCCGUUCGCCCUCCCCCACUGAAUGUUGCCACAUGACCCCAUGGAGUAGAAAGUCCCAUCCCCCAGAGGAUGAAGAUACAGAUGUCAUGUUAGGGCAAAGGCCGAAAAACCCAGUACACAAUAUCCCCUCUACACUGGACAAGCAGACCAACUGGAGCAAAGCACUGCCUCUCCCGACGCCAGAGGAAAAGAUGAAACAAGAUGCCCAAGUGAUUUCUUCCUGCAUUAUUCCCAUCAACGUCACUGGAGUCGGUUUUGACAGAGAGGCUAGUAUACGCUGCUCUCUUGUUCAUUCACAAUCUGUGCUACAGCGGAGACGAAAACUGAGGAGGAGGAAAACCAUUUCGGGUAUCCCCAGAAGAGUCCAACAAGAAAUAGAUUCUGAUGAAUCGCCCGUGGCCAGGGAAAGGAAUGUGAUUGUGCACACAAAUCCAGACCCUUCCAACACUGUCAACAGGAGGUCUGGAACCAGGGACUCGGAGUGUCAAACUGAGGAUAUUCUGAUUGCUGCUCCAUCCAGAAGAAGAAUCAGAGCUCAAAGAGGUCAAAGCAUUGCAGCUUCCCUUUCUCAUUCUGCUGGCAACAUUUCUGCACUGGCAGACAAAGGUGACACGGUGUUUACUACUGCAGUGAGCAGCCGCACGAGAUCUCGGAGCCUUCCCAGGGAGGGCAACAGAGCGGGGGAUGCUGAGCCCAAAGUUGGUGCUAAACCCUCAGCAUAUGAAGAGGGGGAGCCUUUCGUGGGAGACCAAGAAAGAACCCUUACCGAUUGCAGUGAGGCCCCCAGCAGCCCCAGUGCACAGGAGCACCAGCCUGCUUUGAGCCUGGCCUGUUCUCAACAUCUUCACAGCCCCCAGCACAAGUUAAAUGAGAGAGGGAGGUCACGUCUGUCCCGGAUGGCUGCCGAUUCUGGCAGCUGCGACAUCUCCUCCAACUCGGACACCUUUGGGAGCCCCAUCCACUGCAUUUCCACAGCUGGCGUCCUCCUCAGCAGCCACAUGGACCAGAAAGAUGACCACCAGUCAUCCAGUGGCAACUGGAGCGGGAGCAGCUCCACAUGCCCCUCACAGACCUCAGAGACGAUCCCUCCUGCAGCGUCGCCUCCCCUCACUGGCUCUUCACACUGUGACUCAGAGUUGUCACUCAACACGGCCCCUCAUGCUAAUGAGGACACCAGUGUCUUCGUGACAGAGCAGUACAACGACCAACUGGAGAAAGUGAGAGGCCACCGGACAAACUCCUUUACCUCCACGGUGGCAGACCUGUUGGACGACCCCAACAACAGCAACACGAGUGACAGCGAGUGGAAUUACCUACACCAUCAUCACGAUGCCUCCUGCCGCCAGGAUUUUAGCCCUGAGCGUCCCAAGGCAGACAGCCUGGGCUGCCCAAGCUUCACGAGCAUGGCCACUUAUGACAGCUUUCUGGAAAAGCCUCCAUCGGACAAAGCUGACACCAGCUCUCACUUUUCAGUGGACACAGAAGGAUACUACACUUCCAUGCACUUUGACUGUGGUCUCAAAGGCAGUAAGAAUUAUGUCUGUCACUAUGCAGCCCUGGGCCCGGAGAAUGGCCAGGGUGUUGGGGUUCCUCCUGCACUUUCAGACUGUGCCUGGCAGGACUACUUAGACCACAGGAGGCAGGGGAGACCAAGCAUCUCUUUCAGGAAACCAAAGGCAAAGCCAACUCCACCUAAACGUAGCUCAUCAUUGAGGAAGUCUGACGGAAAUGCAGACACUUCUGAGAAGAAAGAACCAAAGACAAGCAGUGGCCAGCUCCUGCCUCACAGUUCCAGGGAAAUGAAGCUGCCUCUCGAUUUCUCCAACACACCUUCUCGAAUGGAAAAUGCCAAUCUUCCCACCAAGCCAGAACCUUCGUGGAUGAACCAGAAUGAACAUGGUAUUAAGGAACCUCAGUUAGACACUCCAGAUGUUCCACCAUUCAAAGAUGAAGGUGCUGAAUCAACUCACUAUGCAGACCUCUGGCUUCUAAAUGACUUGAAAACAAAUGACCCUUACAGAUCUUUAUCGAAUUCAAGCACUGCUACAGGUACCACCGUUAUCGAAUGCAUUAAAUCUCCAGAGAGUUCUGAAUCCCAAACAUCCCAAUCAGAAUCUAGAGCCACCACCCCCUCCCUUCCUUCUGUCGACAAUGAGUUUAAACUGGCUUCACCAGAAAAGCUGGCUGGCCUAGCAUCUCCAUCAAGCGGCUACUCCAGCCAGUCUGAAACGCCAACAUCCUCUUUCCCUACUGCUUUCUUUUCUGGCCCAUUGUCUCCUGGAGGCAGCAAAAGAAAGCCGAAAGUCCCGGAAAGGAAAUCUUCCCUUCAGCAACCCUCUUUAAAAGAUGGCGCUCUGUCACUAAGUAAAGAUCUGGAACUUCCAAUUAUACCUCCUACCCAUCUUGACCUAAGUGCUCUGCAUAAUGUCUUGAACAAACCAUUCCACCACCGCCACCCACUACAUGUCUUCAGUCAUAAUAAGCAGAACACAGUAGGAGAAACUCUGAGGUCCAAUCCUCCACCGUCUCUUGCAAUUACACCCACGGUCCUGAAAUCAGUUAGCCUUAGGUCCAUCAGUAAAUCUGAAGAAGUUAAGCAAAAAGAAGGCAACAACACAGAUCUCCCCUACCUGGAGGAAAGCACUCUCACCACAGGUAAGAUUAGGCCACACGUGAUUAAGAAAUCAUUACCAUGUCAGUACGCCACUGAAGACACCAUCCUGUCCUUUUUAGACUCCUCUGCAGUUGAGAUGGGACCAGAUAAACUACAGUUAGAAAAAAAACAUACUUUUGAUGUGAAGCAUCAUUGUGAUCCAGAAACAGUAACCUCAGCUGGUAGCAAUCUUCUAGAUUCAAGUGUCACAAGAGACCAAAUGCAUAUGGAGAGUGAGCCUGUUUCAGAAAACAAACCAAGUAAAAGUUGUGACUUUCUCAUGGAAGGCUUUCAGAGGGUCUCUGUUGCUCGCCCAAAUGAUUCAGAUGGUAAGACACUGCAAUAUGGAGCUGGUCCGGAUGGAGCCCUAGCGCAGGUCCAGAAGUUGUCUUUUGUAGAUCGUGAGGAAGCUGCACCCCCAGAGUCUGUGGAUGUGCUCACACCUCAGUCAGACUCUCCAACUCGAGUCACAGACAUAGGCUAUCAACUUAAGCCUCAACUUGGGAUGAGCCACCACCAUGACAAAGUGCCUGGGAAUAUCAGCUCUGAAGCAGAGAUAUCAACUAUAAAUCCAUGCCCUGAAAAGUGUUCUGAGCAGGAAAAUACUGCUUCAGGGAUUUCAGCCAAAAGUGCCUCUGAUAACAGCGGAGCAGAGGAGACCCAAGGAAGUGUGGAUGAGGUUUCACUGAAAGAAUCGUCACCCAGUGAUGACUCUGUGAUUUCACCAUUAAGUGAAGACUCUCAGGCUGAAGCAGAAAGUGUGUUCGUGUCUCCCAACAAACCUCGAACAACUGAGGAUUUGUUUGCAGUUAUUCACAGGUCCAAGAGGAAAGUACUUGGAAGAAAAGAUUCUGGGGACAUGUCUGUCCGCAGUAAGUCGAGAGCUUCCCUGGGCAGCAGUAGCAGCAACAGUGCCGGUUCUGUCACCUCGCCCAACAGCAAUGUGACCACCCCAAACAGCCAGAGGUCUCCUGGCCUCAUCUACCGAAAUGCCAAAAAGUCCAACACAUCCAAUGAAGAGUUUAAGCUAUUACUCCUGAAGAAAGGCAGUCGCUCUGAUUCCAGUUACCGUAUGUCUGCUACUGAGAUCCUGAAGAGUCCCAUUCUGCCCAAACCUCCUGGGGACCUCACCGCGGAGUCCCCCCAAAGCCCCCAUGAGGCCCAUCAGGGGUCACCGGGAACUGAAGCACUAUCUCCCCUCUCUCCGUGCUCCCCACGGGUUAAUGCAGAAGGGUUUUCCUCGAAGAACUUUGUCACCUCAGCAUCGGCCAGGGUUGGACGUUCCCGGGCUCCUCCUGCAGCCAGCAGCAGCCGCUACAGCGUCCGCUGCAGGCUGUACAAUGCGCCCAUGCAGGCAAUCUCCGAGGGUGAGACCGAAAACUCUGAUGGGAGCCCACACGACGACCGAUCCUCCCAGAGCUCCACGUAG